AUGGACUGGGACUGUACCGCAGCCAUGCAGGUGGGAAUGCGUGUGGUUCGAGGCAUUGACUGGAAAUGGGUGAACCAGGACAAUGGCGAGGGCAGCGUGGGAACUGUGGUAGAAAUUGGACGCCAAGGCAGCCCUACAACACCUGAUAAAACUGUAGUGGUUCAGUGGGAUUAUGGCACAAGAACAAACUACCGCACUGGAUUCCAAGGAGCUUAUGAUCUAUUGCUGUAUGAUAAUGCUCAGACAGGUGUUCGCCAUCCAAAUAUCAUCUGCGACUGCUGUAAGAAGCAUGGAAUUCGUGGCAUGCGCUGGAAAUGCAAAGUCUGCUUUGACUACGAUCUGUGCACGCAGUGUUACAUGAACAACAAGCACGACCUUUCCCAUGCCUUUGAGAGAUACGAAACUGCCCAUUCCAGGCCGGUCUCACUUACACCUCGCCAAGGCUUACCACGCUUAGUCCUUAAAGGAAUCUUCCAGGGUGCCAAAGUAGUGCGAGGACCUGACUGGGAAUGGGGUAACCAAGAUGGUGGGGAAACUAAAGUUGGUCGGGUUGUGGACAUCCGUGGAUGGGAUGUGGAAACAGGACGCAGCGUGGCAAGUGUAACGUGGGCUGAUGGCACCACUAAUGUUUACAGAGUUGGGCACAAGGGCAAAGUAGAUCUAAAGUGCAUUGCGGAUGCUCAAGGAGGACAUUACUACAAAGAUCACUUACCUAAGCUGGGAAAACCAGCAGAGAUUCAGAGGAAAGAGAGUUCAGAACGGCAUCCGUUCCAGCAUGGUGACAAAGUGAAGUGUCUUUUGGAUAUUGAGAUUUUGCGGGAAAUGCAAGAGGGGCAUGGAGGAUGGAACCCAAAAAUGGCUGAGUUUAUAGGUCAAACUGGAACAGUUCACAGAAUCACAGAGAGAGGGAGAUGUCAGAGUGCAGUACAACAGUGAAACACGUUGGACCUUCCACCCUGGUGCUCUGACAAAGCACAACAGCAUUUGGGUUGGUGAUGUUGUGCGUGUGAUGGAUGACAUGGAUACAGUCAAGAAGCUACAAGUUGGUCAUGGAGAGUGGACAGAUGAUAUGGCCCCUGCUCUGGGUCAGAUCGGCAAAGUUAUCAAAGUGUUUGGGGAUGGAGACAUGAGAGUGUCCGUUGGCGGCCAGUCCUGGACGUUUAACCCCGCUUGCCUCACUUCCUAUCAGAGAGACAAUGAUGCCAAUCUCAUGACAACAGAAAAUGCCAAGGAGUCCAAAAGUACACUGGUCUCCAUUUUAGAAAAGAUUCUGGCUCAGAAGACAGAUUGCGAAAGUCCCAGUUCUUUGGUGAUAGAAGCCGCCCAGGGAAACAUUUGCAAAGUGCGGGAGAUGCUCCAGAAACACCCAGACAAGGUGGAUAUAAGGAACCAGGGCAGGACGGCUCUACAGGUGGCGUCCCACUUGGGACAUGUGGAGGUGGUGAAGGUCUUAAUUCAAGCCAAUGCAAACAUUGACCUUAAGGAUGAUGAAGGGGAUUCUGCAUUACAUUAUGCUGCUUAUGGUAAUCAGGGUGCUGUCAUCCGACUAUUGCUGGCAAAAGCAGCCAACGCUGAGUUACUUAAUAAUGCCAAGUGUACUGCUCUGUACAUAGCUGUCAACAAAGGCUUCACGGAGGUGGUGCAAAUACUCUGUAUUCCCAACUGUGCCAUUAAUGUCCAGGACUUACAUGGAGACACACCGCUGCAUUAUGCUAUCACAGCAGACUACAGAAGUAUCAUAGAGAUCCUUACUGAAGUACCAAAUAUUGAUUUCACUGUGCAGAAUCAGCAAGGCUUCAACCUUCUCCAUCACUCAGCUCUGAAAGGGAACGUUUUAGCUGUCAGGAAGAUCCUGGAAAGAGCACGGCAGUUGGUAGACUCCAAGAAAGAAGAUGGCUUCACCGCCCUGCACCUGGCCACACUGAACAACCAUCAGGAAGUGGUGGAGAUCUUAGUCAAAGAGGGACGGUGCGAUGUCAAUCUCAGGAACAACAGAAACCAAACUCCUCUACACCUGGCAGUGACUCAUGGGCACAUUAGCCUUGUGCAACUCCUGGUGACGGAAGGAGGUGAUGUAAAUGCAGAAGACGAGGAUGGAGAUACUCCUAUGCACAUAGUACUAGUACAGCAGCACCUCACCUCUCUGGAGCCUGAAGGCGUUGGCUCAGCUUUGCUCAACAAGCUGCAAGCUACUGGGUUGCUUGGAAACACAGAAUUAAAUGUUGGAACAGCAAUCGCUUGCCUCUUGGCUUUGUCAGGGGCAGACAUUAACUAUGCUAAUCACAGAGGAAAAUCUCCUUUGGACCUGAUAACGGAUGGGAGGAUAGCACACCUUGUGAAAAAACUUUACUCAGAGAUUCAGGGAACAACAAGCUGAGUCAGAUUCCUCUACCAUCAGCUGCACCCUUCGCAGGGUACACACCACCCCUAACACAAUGACCAAUCUAAGCCUGCCCACUUCUACCAGUCCUGCUGAGUGCCUGGUGUGCUCAGAGCUUGCAGUGCUCGUCAACUUCUUUCCAUGCCAUCACAGCAUAGUGUGUGAAGAAUGUUCCAGAAGAAUGAAGAAAUGCAUAAAAUGUCAGGUGUCAAUCACCAAAAAGCUUAGGCAAGACAGUACAGAGGUGGAUGGCAUUCCCAGCCAAGAAGCAUCAGAUACACGAAAGAUGAUGGAAGAGCUUCAGAAUAGAUAUCGUCAGAUGGAGGAACGGAUUACCUGUCCUAUCUGCAUCGACAGUCACAUCAAGCUCGUGUUUCAGUGUGGCCAUGGUUCCUGCACAGAAUGCAGUACAUCCCUCAUUUCCUGCCCCAUUUGUAGGCAAGCUAUCCGGGAACGAAUACAGAUAUUCGUCUGA